CUUUCUUUCUUUUUUUUUUUUUUUCUUGAUUAUAAUAUAAUUAUGAUGACCAUAAUAUAGUUUGUCUCCAUUGACUUACCAAUUUCCUUUUUUCCCCAAUAGUAAGAUGAAAAUAGAGGAAACUAAAAGUAAUUGUUUUACCUAUCUGAAAUGACCACAACAUUGCUUUAAGGGAAAAAAAGCCUAUAGCCAGUAAUAACUUUCAAAGUGCUGUUAAGAAGGCAGGUGUAGUUUAAAAGUGGGGAGAUAGAUGCUUCUUUCUCCCCCUCUGACUGCCCUCACAGUUCAAUUACAGUGCAGGUCAAAUCUGGAAUGAGUAGCGUGGCCUUUCAUCCCAAAAAGUGCUUCACAGUUUGUUAAAGCCUUGCUGCAGUGUUGGAAGCAGAUCAAGGUUUCACAACGAGAUCAUUGUCUUGCACCUGCUCUCCGAGCCUUGCACCUGCUGUUUACCUCGAAAAGCCACUUUCUUCUUCUUCCACUUCUACAAGUGGAGAGGUAAACACCUAGAGCUGUUACUUUUAGUUCAGAUCUGUCAUGUCGCCCCUCCACACACGUGCACACAGACCCACACAAACACACAGACACACAGACACACACACACACACACACACACACACACACUACCUCGCUUUUACAUGGUUAAAAUAUUUGUGACAAAUAUAUGUACAUGACGUUUAAAAAUUCGCCCCUAAGCCUGUUGGAGUAUUGCUGUUCAUCUAAUAUUCAGAGAUGGAACCAUGAUGCCUAAGGCAUAGCACUGGAAUACAAAUUGCUAAAAGAGUACUGGGCGGCCAUCAUAAAAUUUUUAUAUUCAUCCCCUCAUUCAUUUAUCUUCAAAUAAGUGCUACAUGCUGAUCAGGAAAGAGGGAAUACAACGUGCAUGAUACGCCAAUCCUUCAUAUCAUAGUGUGCGCACCAUGCGCGCACGCACACACCCGCGCACGCACGUAGACAAGUAAUAAUUUAGAAGCGACAAUCCCUCUAUUGCGUUGGUGAAAAAAAGAAAGGAUUAAAUGCAUUUUUUAUAACACUGCACCCUGUGAUUUGUGCAUUGAUUAAUACACCUGCAAGUAGUGCUAAGCAGGCCUAUUUUGGUCAGGCACAUCCUCCGCGUGCACACUGCACGGACAGACGAGCGCUCGUGGAGAGGCUGAGUAACCGGGUGUGAGGUUGAUGCUGCUCCAGAGCCUCAGCGCUAUAAACCGUUAUUUAUCCCUCACGCGAAGCGCUGCUGUGCAUCUCGGUUUGUCUUUGGAACGGAAUCCUGCGUAUUCUUUUCUUUCUUUCCUAUUCAUCCUCCUUUUCGUCCUCCUCCUACGUCUUCUCCUCUGCCUGUGAUAGAUAGAAAGCCGCAAGGAAAAAAAAAAUAAACAUGGCUGCGCACUCGCGUGCUCUCGCCGUCCUCCUCAUCCUCGGCUUCGUCGCGGCGUCUCGCGCGCUGACCGGCGACGACGAUCCGUCCCAGGACGCCGAGUGCAAGACGAAGAGCGUGACCGUGUCGGCGCUGCCGUUCCUCCGCGAGAAUGACUUGAGCAUCAUGCACAGCCCGUCGGCCUCCGAGCCCAAGCUGCUGUUCUCCGUGCGCAACGACUUCCCCGGCGAUGUGGCGGUGGUGGACGACCUGGAAAACACAGAGCUGCCCUUCUUCGUGCUCGAGAUUUCCGGGAGUUCAGAGGACAUAGCCUUGGUGCGCUGGAGGCAACAGUGGCUGGAGAAUGGGACGCUGCUUUUCCACAUCCACCAUCAGGACGGCAAUCAGAAUGCUCCAGGCGUGGACACUACAGAAGACCCAGCAAGUGACACUGCAGCAGAGGAGGAGCUGCGCAUUCUGCACAUCUCUGUAAUGGGUGGGAUGAUUGCUCUGCUGCUUUCCAUCUUGUGCUUGGUGCUGAUCCUGUACACGCGGAAGCGCUGGUGUAAGAGGCGUCGGGUGCCUCAGCCUCAGAAGAGCGCGAGCGCCGAGGCAGCUAACGAGAUUCACUACAUCCCAUCUGUGCUGCUGGGUGGGCAGGCACGUGAGAGCUUAAGGAACUCACGGUGCCAGGGUGCCAAUGCCAGUGGCACCCUCAGUAUCCGUGAGACGCCCAUCCUUGAUGGCUACGAGUACGACAUCGGUGAGCUGCGCCAACACCUGCAGCGCGAGUGCAUGAACGGCGGUGAGGACUUCGCCAGCCAGGUGACGCGCACGCUCGAUUCGCUUCACGGCUGUAAUGACAAGGCCAACGUGGAUCUUACCCCUGGGAAUGACAAUACAAAACUGUCCCUGAUGAGCAAGUACAAGGAUAACAUCAUAGCCACGAGUACCGUUGACAGCAAUCAUCAGCAAAACACGCUCCUCCCACACAACAUCUCCACCAACCAGCGCACGCGUCUGUCCAGCAACACGCGCGCGGGUUCAGCUUUCCUGAACCCGGAUGGGGAUUCUGGGCCUGAGACAGAUGGCGAGCCACAGCUCACCUUCUACACCGACCCCAACCGCAGCCGCCGCCGCAGCCGAGGUAUGAGAAACGGUAACGCCAACCCAGCGUGGGGCUCCGGGGGCUCCCCUCGCAGUCCCAUCAAUAAGACCACUCUAACUCUGAUCAGUGUGACGAGUUGUGUGAUCGGCCUAGUGUACUCCUCUCACCUGUCAUGCGGCCUGAAUGUACGUGUGGUGCUUCACGUACCUGAGCACCUCAUUGCUGACGGGUCCAGGUUUGUCCUGCUACAGGGUAGUCAGCUGGAUGCCUCCGACUGGCUCAACCCUGCUCAGGUGCUGCUUUACUAUCAACAAAAUGCCAGCGGACCGUGGCUUAGUGAACUGUGUGGUCGUCGCCUCGUCGACCCCUGUGAACACCAGUGUGAUCCUGACUCAGGUGAAUGCCAGUGUUUUGACGGGUAUAUGAAAGACCCCGUUCACAAGCAUCUCUGCAUUCGCAAUGAAUGGGGCCCGAAUCAGGGUCCUUGGCCAUACACCAUUUUCCAGCGCGGUUUUGACUUGGUGAUGGGGGAGCAGCCAUCUGAUCGCAUCUUCAGGUUCACGUACACUCUGGGAGAAGGAAUGUGGCUGCCACUGAGCAAAAGCUUUGUCAUUCCACCAGCUGAGCUGGCUAUCAACCCUUCUGCCAAGUGUAAGACAGAUAUGACUGUCAUGGAAGACGCCGUAGACGUUAGGGAGGAGCUGAUGAUCUCCUCAUCCUUCGACAGUCUGGAAGUUCUGCUGGAUUCCUUUGGCCCGGUGCGAGACUGCUCAAAGGACAACGGCGGCUGCAGCCGUAACUUCCGCUGCAUAUCUGAUCGAAAGUUGGACUCCACCGGUUGUGUGUGUCCUCCUGGUCUGAGCCCAAUGAAGGAUGGUACUGGUUGCUAUGACCACCACAUUGGCAUCGACUGCUCUGAUGGAUUUAAUGGUGGCUGUGAGCAGCUGUGUCUUCAGCAACUAGCUCCCCUUGAGGAAGACCCAACCCUUUACAAUAUCCAGAUGUUCUGCGGCUGCAUCGAGGAUUAUAAGCGUGGGGCGGAUGGUCGCACAUGUCUUCCCCUGUCUGAAUCCUGCACUGAGGGAGUGGACUGUGGCGAGACUGCAGGCAUCCCAGCUAAUCAAACCACAUUUGGAGACGUCUUCUAUGGCUAUGACAACCGCACCAAGGAGAUCACCACAGGCCAGAUCCUUAAGGCUACCUUCAGGCAGAAGAACUUUGCCCGUGGUAUAGAACAGCAGCUUCCGGACGGCAUGGUGGUGGCAUCUGUACCAAAUGAGGUACAGUGCCGCGAGGAGCUCUCUGAUCCAGUUCCUGAUCCUGAGUACCUCACUGGGAUGGUGAACUACAGCGAGGUUUCAGGAUAUCCUCUAGUGCAGCAUUGGAAGCUGCGGUCCAUUUUGUAUCAUGUCAGGCUCAACCAGUGGACCCUCUCUCAAGCCUUUAGUUCAGCCAUCCAUUCUCUGGAUGGCGCUACACUGCGCAGUGACUUCGUGUCCAUUCUGAAGGAGUUCGGGAAUCACUUUGUCCAGGAGGCAGUGUACGGCUUUGAGGAGUCCUGCACCAUCUGGUACCCCAAUAAGCAGGUGCAGCGCCAGCUGUGGCUUGAGUAUCAGGACAUCAGCAAAGGUAAUUCUCCCUCCGAUGAGUCCGAGGAGCGGGAUAAAGAGGCACGCGCUCUCACUUAUCCAGCCUAUAUAGCCAGUCUGCUUGACUCAGGGGCUAAGCGUUUAACAGCAGGUGUGCGCAUGGACUGCAGCAGCCAGGGUCAGUGCCCACCCUCAUGCCACCUGUGCCACAUGAGCCCUGGGACAUCAAGGCCCACAGAGCCUGUGCUACUCCAAGUUACCAAGGCGGCACCAAUCUAUGAGCUUGUCAACAACAAUGGAACCUACCAGGCUCUGCAGGAAGCUAUGAUGAGCAUGCUGUGGUGUUCUGGGAAAGGUGAUGUCAUUGAUGACUGGUGUCGCUGCGACUCCAGUGCCUUUGGUUCUGAUGGACUACCAACUUGUGCCCCACUUUCUCAGCCCAUGCUUAAGCUGUCUCACUCCUAUGAACCCAGCAGCUCAUUGGUUAUUCUGGAAUGGAAUCAUGCUGAACCACCAAUUGGUGUGCGCAUUGUUGAUUACCUCAUCAGUCAGGAGAAAAUCACUGAGCGGACUGACCACACAAAAGUUGAAACAGAGACCAUGUUGAGCUUUGUUGAUGACAUACUGUCAGGAGCCAAAUCUCCAUGUGUGAUGCUGGGUGAAAUUCCAGAUCCACUCACUUCCAUCUCCAUGAUCAUACGCUGCCUGGAGCCUGACACCACCUACAUGUUCAGACUUUGGGCCGUAGACAACACAGGCAGGCGAUCCAGCCCCAGUGAAGUCACCAUCAAAACUCCCUGUCCUGCAGUGGACGAUGUGAAAGCACAAGAAAUAGCAGACAAAAUUUAUAAUCUAUUCAAUGGCUACACAAGUGGGAAGGAGCAGCAGACAGCCUACAACAUGUUGAUGGAUUUGGGCUCACCCACACUGCACCGCGUCCUCUACCACUACAACCAGCGUUAUGAAAGCUUUGGGGAGUUCACAUGGCGCUGUGAGGAUGAGCUUGGGCCCAGGAAAGCAGGCCUGAUUCUGUCACAGCUUGAUGACCUCAGCGGCUGGUGUCGAGGGCUUCUUCAAGAACCCAAAAUUGGCCUACGCCGAGCAUCACUCAAAUUCCUGGCAUGCCGUUACACAGACACCAAGGCAUUCAGCCUCAGCUGGAUGGAGCUUGCCCAAGGGCUGCACAAAUCCUGUGAUGAACAAACACUACCUGUGAUGUAUAAUGACUAUGGAGAACCUAAAGAAAUCUAAACGUCAUCGAGGAUAAUAAAGUUUGUCCUUGGAGUCCACAGCAGGAACCACUACAGGCUGUUUAUUUAAGGCUCCUCAUAAGGACAAAGAUUUCUAAAGUUGUACAGUAAAUGUUCCAUCUACAUCAGUUACGUGUGCCAGUUUGUUAGUCAUUACUUGAGCAACUGCUGAGAAUUAAGUUCAAACCAGUGCAGUGACCUGUUUUGUUCAUGCACACUAGAUAACAAAACGCAUAAGGUUUCUUUUAACUUUAGAAAUAAACAUGGUUGUUCCAGGAAGACUAAAGCCAACAGGUACUUCCUACUGUCAUAUUUAAUACAGAAACUCACAAUUAAUACUUCUGUAUUUUUGUGUUUUUGGUUAUGCUAAGUAAUUUAUCAUUUGAACUGUUUCAUUAAUGGCAAGCCAUUGUGAUAUUUUUUCCGGAGCACUUGCAAGUGUUGACUAAAUUAGUUUGCUAACAGCUAGUAAGCAUUGACUGAGUGAAGGAAGGACUGAUUUCAGGCAGUUCUGAGUCUUUUGGAGUGUUGUACUGGAACUACAAGGCAAAUAUCUUUAACUGAAAUGGAAUUCAAGCUUGAGCCCAUGAAGAAAUCAAAUGUAUCUAUUGUUCUAACCAGAUGAUCUGAUUGGCUGCAGCCUGCUGACCCUCCGUCCACAGGAUUUUUGUUUCCUGUGCUAUUUUGUUGAGUGUGGGGUUUUUUGUGUGAAAAACAAAAAACAUCCAGUAAGCAGACGGUCUGCAGACUGCAACCCAUCAAGAGAUCAGUGGUUUCUCGAAUACUUAAACCAAUUCUUCUGCUGACAACAGCCAUAUCACAUUUAUGUGUUAAAUUAUAAAGAGUGAAGCUGACAUUUUGACCGGCAACUGCUACCAUUUACAUUUAUAGCAUUUGACAGAUGCCCUAAUCCAGAGCGAUUUACAAUUAUCUCAUUCAUACUACUGAACAAUUAAGGGUUAAGGACCUUGGUCCGGGCCCAGAAGUGGUAGUGGGAUU